CUUUCGGUGUGUGCAAAAUUGGACUGCUUGUCUGAUGUCUCUCUCCCCAUCACCUAUAUAUAAACUCUUCUUCCCCCUCUUUCUUUCACUCUUACACUCACUUGCUCAUUUUCUCUUUUCCCGCCUCUUUUUUUCUUCUCUCUCUCUCAUCAUUUUUCUUCCUCUUAUAACAACUUUCCAUUUUUAGCCGUCAAAAAUCAGUAACUAGAACGAUUUUUAGCUUCUGGGUACUUCAAAAACUUCCAACUUUCGUAACUUUACCUAGUUUUUCGUAGUUUUCACUCAAUUUAAAGUUGUGGGUAUUGCUAAGACACUAAUUUUCUGUAGUAAUUUGAAGCAAGUUCUUGUUUUUCAUUGGAUAUAAUUGGUAAAUUAGUGGGGGGAUAUCUUGACCCACUAAGAACAAUAUUGGACUUUACCAAAAAAAUGCCAUUGUUGUACAAAGGAUGCAUCCUAUGGGAGUUCUUUGCUAUUCUUGAAGCCAAAUUCUGUAUUUGGAAAAGCUUCUAUUUUUGGAUAUUUCAAAUUGUGGAUAGGUAUAUCAUGGGCACUUAGCUGUAGAUUUUUGACACCCACCAACUGUUUGUGGAAUUGCUUCUUUGAGUGAGUGUACACUUGUGUUUUCUUUGCUUAACUUGAUAGUUAGAUCCUUUUUUUAGAGGGAGUGACAUAAUGGGAUGUGCAACAUUGCCACCCGGUUUUCGAUUUCAUCCCACUGAUGCAGAGUUGGUUGGAUACUACUUGAAAAGGAAGGUUGAAGGUCUCGAAAUCGAGCUUGAAGUGAUUCCUGUGAUCGAUUUUUAUAAGUUUGAUCCUUGGGAAUUACCAGAGAAAUCUUUUCUUCCCAAACGCGAUAUGGAGUGGUUCUUUUUCUGUCCAAGGGAUAAAAAGUACCCAAAUGGCUCACGUACAAACCGAGCCACCAGAGCUGGCUACUGGAAAGCCACUGGAAAAGACCGGAAAGUAGUGUGUGAAUCCUCUGUGACUGGAUACCGGAAAACACUUGUUUUCUAUCAAGGGCGCGCUCCCUUAGGAAAUAGAACUGAUUGGGUGAUGCAUGAGUAUCGCCUGUGUGAUGAAAUGGCACCAAAUUCACAAGGAGUUUAUGCCUUGUGUCGUGUUGUUAAGAGGAGUGGUUUCAAUGAAGAGGUGAAAGCUAAAAAGGCCAGAAGCAGUUCUAGCAGUAAAGAAUUAGUACCAACUGAAGUUUCAAAUGAGCCCUUCAGUGUCUCCAGUGACUAUCAGUACAACAGCAGCAACUAUUCUACCCCUAUCUCUUCUCCAUAUAUCACACCAAGGGGAGAUUUCGACAUAACAGCACCAUUGAGCUCACAGUCUCCAAGCAUGUGGGUCUCGCCUGAAUUCAUUCUUGAUUCCUCCAAGGAAUACUCACAAGGGCAAAGGAUGGCAACUGACUGCUUCUCACAAUGUGACUUUCAAAAUUCAAUGGCUUCACUGAUGCCUUAUCAACAACAAGGUAUUUCUCCAUGUUCUUCAUACUCGACCUUCACGGAGAUUGAACAUGUCGAUGAUCUUAGUCGAAUUGGCUGCAUGUCACCCUACUCUGCUAACAUGGAUUACAUGGCAUAUGUUGGAAAUGUCAAUAUGGAUUACGAUGGAUAUGAUGCAAUCAAUCCCCUAAGCUAUCAAAAUCCCUUCUGAAACCAAAAAGAAUCCUUGCAACUCUUUGUUUUGCUAAAAUGUGAUGCUUGGAGUAUUGUUGGAGCACUACUUGGUGUUUGGCGUUCACGAGUAUGACUUAACUAGGGCUAUCUGAGUCAGCUUUAUCUCUCUUUUUCAUGUAAUAUGUAAAUUCAUCCAAGACAACGCCUUUUUUUGUGUGUUCUUGGAUUAUCUAAUAGACGUUUGAACCUAUAGAAAGCUUGUAAGGAAUAUAUUAGUUUGACUACGUAAUAUGUGUUGAAAGUUAAGACCAUUGGGGAAUAUGCCUUGGGAGUUGUGACAUUUGCUUUUUAGAGAUUGUCUUCAGAAAUGAUGUAUUAGUCCUUGUCUGUCAUGAUUGAAAUUUUCUUUUCUCAUUGUAAUAUAAGCUCAUUUAAUAGAAGCUGUUCAUGUUCAUUGUCAGCUUUUUGAAGUUUUGUUUGUCUCAUUUUCAAGUCAUUUAGAAGGCUUUUUGUUACUUACUAUAAUGUUACAUGGAAAUAGUUAACCUUUUUACUGGCAUUUCUGCUUGUAGUCGUGUACUUCAUAGUAAUUACUAAUAGGGGACAAAAUAUUCCUUAAUCUGGUUUCCAGAAAUUAAAACCGAUUACAAUGACAUAACAUGAUAGUGUUAUUGUCGAUCAAAACAAAAUUAACACUACUAAGCUACAUACCUAUAAAGUGCUUUUAUUGUUACAUGCUAGCAUAGGUACAACUGACAGCGAUGGUGUAUUAGGCUUUCUGAGGGAAUUGGUUUCCCCGGGCGCUUUCUGAUAGGUGUAUCUUUCCCCAUAUACUCGUUUUCAUCUCAAUUAUAGAGAGGGAUUGUGUUAGUAGCUGCAACUUUUCACUCUAUUGUUGUAGAAAACCAGAGAGAUGUUGACGAAUAUACAGGAAGUUGCAUUUUCUAGGAGUUGCUUACCUACGCUUAGCAUCUGAAACUGCCCAUGCGAAGUCCUGCUUCUUGCAAUCAACCAAACAAUUUUAUACUUCACAGAAGUGAAUUAUUAUGGGAAUUGCAAUUUUCUGAGAAGUAUGACUUAGUUUGUCCAACCAAACAACCACUUAUUAUUUCAAAAAUACCUUUCGACCAAUCAUCAAAAAGAAAUGGCCAUAUAUUGUUUUUUCACAUGAUUUAACGCUUUGAACCACUUAACUAUAUGGGCACAACAGUAUGAAAUAUUGACUGCCAUGAAUUAAGGGUGUGAUGGAAUCUAACUUUAUUUUAGCUUCAGUCCUUCAUUGCUUUUCCCUGUGCUAAUGUCCUCAAUUCAUUGGAAAAUGGUAGUGAAUGUUUGCCAUAAUUUUAUUGUCUCAAUAUCUGAAUGAUAAUUAUGCAUUGCUUUACUGGAAAAACCAACAUUUUGGCUGAGGCUGUUGCUUUUAACUUUUUCGUUUGCUACUCGAAUUUGCGGUUGGUAGACUUGGUACUAGAUAUUAGUGCAAUGCAGCUUGAAAGAAAGAAACUCCUGAAGUUAAGUGUUGCGUUCAGCUUUUCAUGAUAUUUUCCUCCCAGUUUCGACAUAUUCUGAUAAUAUUUUUUCUGUAAUACCAUCCUUUAUCUCCACCUAACCUUGUUGUCUCAUUUUCUUUGCCUUUUGUGUUUUCUGUUUUCUUAGUAGAACUCAUAAAAUCUCUGUUUUUCUUUUCUCCUUGUCCUGUCCCUCUCACCUUCUUAUGUUAGAAAAAAAUGUACCAAAAGAAUACUCUUCAUAUGUCAAUAUGCUGGUUGUGUUAA